UUAUUUUGGGCUCAGAACCCAUCAACUCCUUUUAAACCCUCCCUUAAAACCCCCGUCUCAAAAUCUUCGCUCUUUCAGAUAACGGGGGCGAAAUGGCAAUUCUGACCUGGACACCACCAUCUCUAGUGGCGGUUACCGCUUCAUGGGACACCCAGCAAAGGCCAUCUUACAACCCCAACGCUCCACGCAAGCUAAAACCCACCCCCAACCUUAAACCGUCACCGCCAAUCACCCUCCCCACCCGCACCGACCCUUCGGUUUUCGAUAUCCUCAAGCGUCCCACUCAAGAAGUAACGCCCGUAAAGGUAGAUUUGGAUGACACUUAUUUGGGUUAUGAGAGAUGGUUACCCACCCCACCUAAAGUGGAGAAGCCUCGAUCGGUUUUCAAUGCUGCCACAUUAGCCUAUAUUGGUGAUUGCAUUUACGAGCUAUAUGCGCGUAGACAUUUUCUGUACCCUCCUCUAAGUAUUGAAGAGUAUAACGAUCGUGUGACAUCGGUAGUACGCUGUGAGGCGCAAGAUGCAUUGCUACAGGAACUUCUUAAUGAUAGUUUCUUAUCGAACACUGAAAGGGAUGUUCUUCGAUGGGGAAAGAACAUUAAUUCCGCUAAAACACGGACAAAAAAGCGUGCUGGUGCGGCAGUUUAUAAUAGAGCAUCUUCACUCGAAACACUGAUUGGAUAUCUCUACCUUACAAAUGUGAACCGUUUGGAAAAACUCAUGAUAAGGCUUGGAUUUUCCACUGGUGCAUCUGCAGAGAUGAUAUUGAAGGAAAUAAAUGGUGCAAAACCAGUGCAGUAGAUAAAGUUGGUGCUCAACACUUUUGUUCAGUACAAGCUGGCUCAACUGACAUAUAUAUAGAGAGAGAGACAAGAGAAUGGGUAGUGUAUCAUUUGUUUCCUUCUGGUUUUUAGCCCCUUAGGUUAAAGUUGAGGGUUCUUGUAUAAUCUUUAGACAAAGCAUAUUUGUAGGUUUUAGUAUUGACAUUUGCUUUUGUAUCUAUCAGUUGUUUGUAUCAAUUUAAAAAGUAUAUAUUUUUAUAUUUAAA